ACUCAUCUGCUACGUUUGAGUUCUGUGUGCUGCGGUUCUUUAAUUAUUGUUCCUAUUCUUGUACAUACUAAAUUCAUUUAUGUUAGUAUUUGCCGCAUGAAAUUUCGAUAAACCCAUAUGCUAAUAUGAUCCUCAGAUUUUUUAACUUCAACUCACGGAAAGGAAGAUUCUUCUGAGCUUGAAUUUGUUUUUGUCUUUUGAUACUUAUGUCUGUUGAUUUAACUACCAAUGUUGAGAUAAAUUUUCCUACUUUUCUCUUCUGUUAGCUUUCUGUGAUUUCUGUCAGAUAGAGGUCCUUUAUUUUUGGGUUCUUCUCAUUGAAUAUUCUUGUUGUUUGCCAUCUGUUUGGUUCUAAGAAAAUGAGUUGGAAAGAUUAAAUCUUGCAUUUAGAUUUUCCAUGUUGAAAAUUCCCAACUUUUACUGAAUUUGGCAUUAAUUUGUUAAUGUAACCCGAGUUAACUAAUGGAGUAAUCCCCACUUCAGUAACUCAGAUGUAGAGACUACAUGUUAUCUGAAUAACCCAUUGGGAUGUUUGUUCUCAGGCAAAAGAUGGGUAGAAAUCUCAGUCCAGUUCUUCGGCGAGAACUGGCAAACCUGGACAAAGACGCUGAUAGUCGUAGAUCGGCAAUGAGAGCACUGAAAUCAUACGUAAAGGGCUUGGAUUCUAAGGCAAUUCCAGUGUUUCUUGCCCAAGUUUCUGAAACCAAAGAAACGGGUUCUUUGUCUGGGGAAUACACUAUCUCACUCUACGAAGUUCUUGCCCGUGUCCAUGGAGUCAACAUCGUUCCUCAGAUUGAUAGCAUCAUGACUACCAUUAUCAAGACUUUAGCUUCUAGUGCAGGGUCUUUUCCUCUUCAACAAGCAUGCUCAAAAGUGGUACCAGCAAUUGCAAGAUAUGGCAUUGACCCAACAAUGGGGGAGGACAAGAAGAGGCAUAUAAUUCACUCUCUUUGUAAGCCUCUUUCACAAGCUCUCUUGGGUUCACAGGAAAGCCUAACUUCUGGGGCUGCCCUUUGCUUAAAGGCUCUUGUGGAUUCAGAUAAUUGGCGGUUUGCUGCAGAUGAGAUGGUAAAUAGGGUGUGCCAGAAUGCAGCUGUUGCUUUGGAGGACAAAUGCACUCAGACUAACUCACAUAUGGGCUUAGUCAUGGCUUUGGCUAAGCAUAAUGCUUUAACAGUUGAAGCAUAUGCAAGAUUGUUGAUACAAUCUGGAUUGCGUAUUUUGAAUGCUGGUGUUGUAGAGAAUAAUUCUCAGAAAAGGUUUUCGGCUAUUCAAAUGGUCAACUUUUUGAUGAAAUCUUUGGAUCCAAGAAACAUUUUUUCAGAGGUUGACUUGAUAAUUAAGGAGAUGGAGAAUUGCCAGUCUGAUCAGAUGGCUUAUGUAAGUGGGGCUGCUUUUGAAGCUUUGCAAACUGCAAAAAAAAUAUCCACAGAGAAAGGGUCACAAUAUGACAGGAGUCCUGGUUCAGUUACUGGUUCAAACUUUGGUAGGAGAGAACACAAAGGAAGGACCGUAUCUAGUUCUGGAACUCAUUCUCCAGCAUCUAUAUCACCCGAAUCACAAACACUUGAUUCCUUUAUUGAAUAUGACUCUUUGGCUGAGUCACCCAUUUCAACUAUGGAGAUUUCUCACAAUAUGGAGUUUGACUGUCACAGUGUGAACCGAAAACUUUGGAGACAUGAAAAUGAAGGGAUAGAUGUAUCUCUAAGAGAUGGCUUCUUUUCAGAUUUGGUUCAUAGGAGUCCAAUCCAUGGUGCAUUUUCUGGUCACUGUGAACUUAGUGAAAACACUGAAGAUUUUGCAGGAUUCUUGCCAAGAACUCCGAGAAACGGACUAAGGAGUAACACUCCCAGUCCUCAGAGGUCAUGUUCUCGUAUCGAUGUUGACAACAUUAACAUCUUCGCAACUCCAAGAAAGCUCAUUCGCUCUCUUCAGGACCCCAAUGAUGUGGAUUCAGACCUCUCUGAGAAAAAGUUUGGAAGUCCACGCUCGACUAAAUUUGAUUAUAGUCCAAAUAUGAAGUUCAAUGAAAAUGGAUUUCAGCAUAAUGGGGGAUAUGAGGUUGAAGAUAGUAGAAACUCAUAUGUUGGUGAGGAGCAAUUCCAAUGCACUACUGAGUCAGUGUCAUCAACAGAUGAUGUUCUAGUUGAUAGUGACAUGAAAGAGUCUUCCGAAUUGGUUAAUGCAUAUAAAGAUAAUACUCCAAUGUUUCCCAACAGAAAGGCCAAUCAGAAGAAAUCUUGUACGUUGAUUUUUGGCCUGUUAUUUGCUCUUGCAGUUUUUACCUCAUUGAUGUGGAUUGAUGGUAAAAGAGAAGGCCAAUAUCUUGUUCCAACAUAGUUAAGUCCUUGUUGUCUCCGAAUCUUCUAGUACUGCAUUAGUUCAAUGCUGAGAAUCCUAUGUUUUUGUACAAAAUCGAGGAAGUUCCAACAAUUAGUUGGAUAUCUAUAUGCUUCACUUUGAAAAUUUGUUUAGCAUGUCUAAACAUAAUUAGUUCGAAUGAAUUUGGAGAUGUUUUAUUCAA